UCCCUCACGCCUCCUCUACGCCUCCCCCAGGGGGCCUGCGUACUGUCAGGCAACAGCCGGGGCGACUUUCUUCUUCUACCGGCAAGAUGGCGGGGAGCGAGGCUGGUGUCAUUGUGGGGCAGCCGCAUCUCUCCCACCAGGAUCUCGCUACUUUGGAUGUUACCAAAUUGACUCCACUCUCACACGAAGUUAUCAGCAGACAAGCCACAAUUAACAUAGGUACAAUUGGUCAUGUUGCUCAUGGAAAAUCUACAGUUGUAAAGGCUAUUUCUGGAGUUCACACUGUCAGGUUUAAAAAUGAAUUGGAGAGAAACAUUACAAUCAAACUUGGCUACGCUAAUGCCAAGAUAUAUAAACUUGAUGAUACAAGUUGUCCUCGGCCUGAAUGCUAUAGAUCCUGUGGAAGUAGUACACCUGAUGAGUUUCCUGCAGACAUUCCAGGGACCAAAGGGAACUUCAAAUUAGUCAGACAUGUUUCCUUUGUUGACUGUCCCGGCCAUGAUAUUUUGAUGGCUACUAUGCUGAAUGGUGCAGCUGUGAUGGAUGCAGCUCUUCUGUUGAUAGCUGGUAAUGAAUCUUGUCCUCAACCUCAGACUUCUGAACACCUGGCUGCCAUAGAAAUUAUGAAGCUGAAACAUAUUUUGAUUCUACAAAAUAAAAUUGAUUUGGUAAAAGAGAGUCAGGCCAAAGAGCAGUAUGAACAGAUUCUUGCAUUUGUACAAGGUACAGUCGCAGAAGGAGCUCCUAUUAUUCCAAUUUCUGCUCAGCUGAAAUAUAAUAUUGAAGUUGUCUGUGAGUAUAUUGUUAAGAAAAUUCCCGUACCUCUAAGAGACUUUGCUUCAGAACCCCGUCUUAUUGUCAUUAGGUCUUUUGAUGUCAACAAACCUGGCUGUGAAGUUGAUGACCUUAAAGGUGGUGUUGCUGGUGGUAGUAUUUUAAAAGGAGUAUUAAAGGUGGGCCAGGAGAUAGAAGUCAGACCUGGUAUUGUUUCCAAAGAUAGUGAGGGAAAACUUAUGUGUAAACCAAUAUUUUCCAAAAUUGUGUCACUAUUUGCAGAACACAAUGAUCUUCAGUACGCUGCUCCAGGGGGUCUCAUUGGAGUUGGAACAAAAAUUGACCCUACUUUGUGCCGAGCUGACAGAAUGGUGGGACAGGUGCUUGGGGCAGUUGGAGCAUUACCAGAAAUCUUCACAGAGUUGGAAAUCUCCUAUUUCCUACUUAGACGUCUUCUUGGUGUACGCAUGGAAGGAGACAAAAAAGCAGCAAAGGUGCAAAAGCUAUCUAAGAAUGAAGUGCUUAUGGUGAACAUAGGAUCCCUGUCGACAGGAGGUAGAGUUAGUGCAGUCAAGGCCGAUUUGGGCAAAAUAGUUCUCACUAAUCCUGUGUGCACGGAAAUAGGAGAAAAAAUUGCCCUUAGCCGAAGAGUUGAGAAACACUGGCGGAGGAACCAAGAAUUGGUUGGCUUCUUCUCAGAUAUGCCACCAUUGGUUUAAUUGGUUGGGGUCAGAUAAGAAGAGGAGUUACCAUCAAGCCAACAGUAGAUGAUGACUGAAGAAUAUCAGUUAAAAAAUACAUUUGGAUGAAGUCACAUUUCUUUUAACAUAGGGACUAAUUUCAAAGAAACACUGGGAAAUACAUUUCACAGCUCAUUAGUUGUAAGGUUAUUCUUAUUUUUUGUGAAGAAAACUUAAUCUACUGUAAUAAAUAUUAGGAUCUACACCAAAUGUCAAAAUUGGCCUAUUGAUAGAUUUAAUCCACAUUUUAGCAGAAAUUGAUCUUUGCUAAAUGUUACAUUUGUACAUCAAUUCAAGUUUGAAAUGAAAUUGCUGUUAGAACCAGCCCUUGCUGUAGUGCAUAUACCACUGAACCUGUUUGAAAUAAAAGUUUUUCUUCUUAUUUUUC